AUGGACAAGAAACAAGACAUCGAAAAUAGAAAAAAAUGUUCCUGGGACCCAGAGACUUUAAAAAUUGCUCUCAACAAAAUUAUGAGCAACAAAAUUAGUCUAAGAGGAGCGUCUCAGAGAUAUGGAAUUCCAAAAAGCACUUUAUUUGAUANAGUAAAGUCUUUAAAACGAGGACAAGAAGUCACACUACAACCUAAACUAGGCCGAUUUACUAAAACUUUUACUUCAGAAUAUGAAGAUCUAUUGGUGCAUCACGUAAAAGACUUAGCUAAGCGUUGUUUGCCAUUAACAAAAAAAGAAUUUUUAAAGUUAGCGUAUGAUUUGGCAGCACAAUUAAAGCUUCCCCAUCGAUUUAACAUGGUAAAAGGAACAGCUGGAAAACAUUUCUAUUAUGAUUUUUUAGCUCGACAUUCUGACAUAUCUUUAAGAAAGGCUGAAUCCACAAGUUUGAUGCGAGCUGUAGGCUUUAAUAUGCCACAAGUGCAGCAAUUUUUCACCAAUCUUGAAGAGCUUAUGGAAGCAUACAAUUUCUCUCCUUCUAAUAUCUACAAUUGCGAUGAAACUGGGAUCAGUUGUGUUCAUAAACAUCAGAAAGUUUUGUCUACAAAAUCAACACGUCAAGUAGGGAAGCUUACCUCAGCCGAGAGAGGUAAAAAUAUAACUAUUUUAUUUUGUAUGAGUGCUAAUGGACACUUCAUACCACCAUUCUUCGUUUUUCCACGACAAAAAAUGAACGACCGGCUAAUGUUAAAUGCUCCUGUAAAUAGUAAAGGUGUUGCUCAACCAAAGGGUUGGAUGAACAGUGACUUUUUCUUCCAGUGGUUGCAACAUUUUAAAAAGUUUGUCCGUCCGUCGCAAGAAUCUCCUGUGCUCCUUAUUCUUGAUGGACACAGCAGCCACAAAACAUUGGAUGUCAUAAAUUUUUCCAUAAAUAACAAUAUUCAUUUAAUCAGUCUACCACCGCAUACAACUCACAAAUUGCAANCACUAGACAGAACAUUCAUGAAGCCGUUUAAAAAUGCUUUUCAUGAGCGAUGUGAUGUCUGGAUGAGAUCAAACGCAGGAGCACGCAUCACAGACUACGAUAUCACAGGUCUUGUUUGUGACGCUUUUGUUAAAGUUGCCCGAUUGGAUAUAGCUGUGUCCGGAUUUAAAUGCACAGGGAUUUAUCCUUUAGAUAAAAACAUUUUUACAGAUCUUGAUUAUUUACCCUCUCAGAUGACGGACAUUCCAUCAAAAGAAAUUGAAAAAAAUUUCACCGAUUCAACGAUCCAGAGUUCUUUAGCACUUCAUGAUGCAAGAACUGAUGUUGCGAUUACAUCAUUGCAGCAAAUCCUGCAACAAAUUGUUGCAACGCAACAGCAGUUGCAACAACAACUGUUGCAACUGCAACAGCAGCAGCAAUUACUGGAACAACAGCAGCCUCAACAACAGCAGCAUCAACAACUGCAGCACCAACAACAGCACCAGCAGCCUCAACAACAGCAGCAGCAGCACCAACAGCAGCAGCAGCAAAACAAUCUGACGAGUUAUUUUUUUAAUAUAACUAUUAGUAACAGAAUAUAA